AAGGAGUGCUUGGCCCCCGCCCCAUCCAACACCACAGCCUCGAAGGCUGUCGAAAGGACUUCGUUCUUUUCUAUACAACAGGACGUUUCAAAAUCUCGGAAUCACUAUCUUUUCUAAACAUCUUCUCCGCGAAUCAGUCAUUCGUUCAACAUGGCAUAUAACAAAGCCUUCAAUCCUGAUUCUCUGCCUGCAUUCGCAGAACCCGAAAGAAAGCAUCCCGCUUCAACAGCCGCUCCCGCGCAUUCUCCUGGCCUCGCUCCAAACCAGGCGCAACAUGCGCCUCAUCCACAGCAAUAUGUCAACAAGCCCCCUCCUCCUCUCCCUCGACCAGAAGUUCAACAGCACGGGUAUCGCCCUGGUGGUCAGCAACCACCGCAGAUGCAACCACCCGCAAGUUACGGUUCCUCCGCUUCUCCUCCACCCCCUCAUGGCUUCCAAUCGCCUCCCCUAGGAGCCAGCUAUGGAAACCGACCGCCACCAGGCCAGAACAGACCUCCGCCAAUGUCGAGGCCACCGCCUUCACCUACACCACCAAAUGGUGCUGAUCCCGCCCUUUGGCCGCUCUUCAAAGCAGUAGAUAAAACUGGUAGCGGCCAACUCACCGAGAGAGAACUACGCGCUGCCCUUGUGAACGGCGACUGGACAGCUUUCGAUCCUUAUACCAUAAAAAUGAUGAUUCGCAUGUUUGACAGUGAUCGCUCAGGGUCAAUUGGGUUUGAAGAGUUCUGCGGCCUAUGGGGAUUUCUGGCAGCAUGGAGGUCACUCUUUGACCGAUUCGAUACUGACAGAAGUGGGAACAUCAGUAUUGACGAAUAUACAAAUGCGCUGGUUGCGUUUGGAUAUCGUCUGAGCCCUCAAUUCGUGCAUACGAUGUUUAAGACGUAUGAUAAAAGGAACGAGGGAGCCAUCAGUUUCGACCUCUUUGUGCAAAGUUGCAUCAGUUUGAAGAGGAUGACAGAUGUGUUCAAGAAGUAUGACGACGACAGAGAUGGCUACAUCACGUUAUCCUUUGAGGAUUUCCUGACCGAGAUCCUAAGGCAGAGGUAGCCUGCUGAGAAGGUACUGGGGAACGGGAACCAGUGUGACUGCGAUAUUUCUUUAAGCCUGUCUUAUGCGUGAUAUUCAUAGACAAUAUGAUACCCAAACAUUUGCUCUGGAUUAUGGUAUCAGGAGCUGAUGCUACGCUUUGUCUCAAAAAAUUGUUCUCGAUGCCUUUCUCGGACUUCUUAGAUCUCGAUGAGGCUAUAGUGUCUUCUAUCUGUUAUGAAAUCUGUCUGAUAUCUAUAUUCACGCAGGAACAUUGCGCAGGAAUUGGAACAUAAGAUAACAAUUACUAAUUCGGUUUCAGUGGUUAAGCUUGGGUGCCUUCAAACAAUACACCUCUCACGGCAAGAGGUGGAUGGUUAGAGAAGGGGCAAGAAGAUCUAGUCUUCGAAGUUUGCGACUGUCCUCUGCUCAAUCAUGGAAACUGGAUAGUAAUUGAUAUCUUAUAUUCUGGUU